AUGGACAUUGAAGCUUUACUAUCAACCCCAAGGGUGCUAUCUCCACCACCAACCAUCACCAAUGGUGUUGACAGUCAAGGAGUAUGGUCUGUAGAGCAUCAACUGCAAUUAGAAGAAUUAUUAUCAAAACCAAUAUCAUUCGCUGAGUUAAAAAGUAAAUUCGCUAUGCAUGAAAAUAUGACAGAUCUUAUUGCAAGACAAAUACUCAACCAUUUAUCAACAAUAACAACAGCUUCAUCAGAUAUAUGGAAACGGAAAAUAUGUCUUCAUUAUUGUCUUUAUUCUGGACAAUUAUCAGAUUAUCAAAUUGCAUCUAUCUCAGGCUGGAAUAAUGUCCAAGAAUAUCGUAGUUGGAUUGUGAAUGUAGGUAGAUGUUGGACUCAAGAAUCAUUGGAAAUCUUGCAUUGCUUCGCAUUUGAAGAUCUAACCGCCAGGACAUUAACUACUACCAUGAGUCAAAAUUUGGAGAUUUGUAAACAAGCGUUGGAACUACUUUUUGGAUCUGGGAUGAUUAAAUGGACUAGUUCGGAGAAAGAAUUGAUUAUAAAGGAGUUGAAAAAGAGUCUGGAUGGGUUGGAUUAUGAUAUUCUUUGUUUACAAUUACCAUUUAGAUCUUAUGAGGAUAUUAGAUCAUUUAUAGAGACGGAAUUGAAAGUUGGCGAAAGUGGAAAGGAGGUGAAAGUCAUCAAGAAUGGGAAGGAAUCAGAACCUGUCAAUACGGAAAACGAACCAGAACCUGCCAAUAGAGAAAACGAAUCAGAGCCUGUCAAUAAUGGAAAGGAAUCAGAACCAGUCAAUAAUGGAGAGAAAUCCGAACAUGUCAAUAAUGGAAUUGCAUCAAAUCAUAUAUCUACUUUACAAGAAGAAGAAUGGACAAUCCUGAAUCAACAAUUAUUAGAGAAAUUAGUGUUACAACCUAUAACAUCUACCAAAUUAUUUUCAAACUUCCCUAGCUUUUCCAGCAAGUUUAUAGCUGACAAAAUCAUUACCGCAACAAAAGCAAGACACCGUAUUCAUAAUCAUUGGUUGGAUAAAAUUUAUUGUUACCAGUUGCUUUUCUGCGAUUCCAAUAUACUCGAAAAUUAUGAUCGUUCAAGAGUUGACAGAUUAUAUGAAACUUCGGAACAUUUAGGUUGGUCCAAAGAAGACGUGGAAAUUUUGCUGUGUUUGAUGCUUCAUGAUCUUACUAAAGAUUCCUUGAGGGCCAACCUUGGCCAUAAAUCAAUUGCCGACAUUAAAAAGGUACUGCGUGGAUACAUAAUGUAUAGUGAUCGGGAAACGGAAAUAUUGCAAAACGAAAUAGAAUCCAAGCCAGAGUUAAUAUUGCAAUUUCCUUUGAGGACAUUAUUUAACCUCAACAUCAAGUUGAAAACCCUAACUGGACGAUCUCUUCUUCAGCUUUCGCCAAUCGCAAAUGAAUUGUUGAAAAGACAAAUCAAGAAAGAAAAGGAAGAAAAGAUGAAAGAUGAUGUCAAUGGAUCGGUUAUAUCAAAGGAUGAAGAAAAUAUUGAUUCAAUUGUAUCAAAACUGCAUGGCAUUAAUGAAUGUCCAGUCAUGAGCUUAUCUAGUAGCGACAAUGGAAUUGAUUCAGAUUCUGUAUCUGACUUGAAAAAAAAUGGAUGGACAAUACUGACUCAAAAGUUAUUAAAUCAAUUAGUUGGACAACCUAUAACAUUCACUCAAUUAUUAUCAAAUUUCCCUGGACGUUCUAAGAAGUUUAUUGCAGAUAAAGUCAUGGCUACCACGAAAACUACAGAAUCUCUUAGGAACCAUUGGUAUGUUAAGAUUUGUUGUUAUCAGAAGCUCUUCUGUGAUUCCAAUGCACUUAUAAAUGGCAAAAGAGCAAGGUUUCUUAGGUUAUUUCAGAAAUCGGAUUGGUCCAAACAAGAUGUGGAAAUUUUGUGCUGUUUGAUGCUUCAUGAUCUUACGAGCGAUUCCUUAAAAAAGAACCUUCCUCGCAAAUCAAUUGCAGACAUUAAAAAUAUGUUGGGUCCAAUUCCAAAUUACAGUGAUCGGGAAAUGGAAAUAUUGGAAAAUGAACUUAAAUCAAAACCAGAUCUAAUAUUUCAAUUUGCGUUGAGAACAAUUUCUGGCCUCGAGCACAAGGUCCUUAGACUACAUGGAGUUUCUAUCGGUCUGCUUAACCCAGAACUUAGGGAAUUGCUGAAAGAGAAAGCGAAAGAAGAAUCUGAUGGUUCUCAAGCUCGUCUCAGUGAAGAUUCAAACAAUGCAGAAGAAGAAGAAGAUGAUGAUGGUGAUGACGAUGAUGACGAAGAAUACGAAGAAGAUGAAGACGAAUUAAUUUCCUAUUGCAUACAAUACGAUUUAACAGCUGAUGGACUAAAAGACAAUUUCCCCAACAUUUCCAUUAAACAAGCAGUUGAAUUAAUUAAAUCAAGCGUACAUGAUGAUGAAGAGUUGGAAUUUACAACUGGAGAAAAGAAACUAUUAAGACAAUUAGUACAGAGAAAUGAACCAAUUGAAAAGCAUUUAAAUAAGUUUCCAUUUAGAGAUCAAGGGUAUAUGUUUGAGAAGUAUGCACGUGAAGAAACCGUUUCAAAAAGACCUAGAUUCAAAAAUCAGGCAGAAAGAUUGGCAUAUGAAGCAAAAUGGUAUUGUGCAGAGAAUGGAACAAGAAGAUCUGGUCGUAAGGUGGUCCAGCUUGAGGGGAUUACCCAGACAUCCAGACUUGCCGAAGAAAGGGAUAAUAGAGAACACGAGACGGACGAUAAAUCUGAGAAAGAUGAAAACAAAUCAGAAAUCAAUGUUAAAAGAGUAUAUGUUGGAAAACCCGCGAAACAAAAAAUAGUCCUUGCUCCAUUGGAUAUCCAAGAAUCAAUUUCCUAUUGUAUACAAUAUGAUCUAACAUCUGAUGGGUUGAGAGAAAAUUUCCCCAACAAAACUAUUGAUCAAGCAGUUAAGUUAAUCAAGUCACAAUUACAAGAUAAAGAGACUUUGAAUUUUACUUUGGGAGAAAAAGAGUUGAUAAAGCAAAUAAUCCAGCAAGAAGAAUCUAUUGACAAUCAUUUGAAACGAUUCCCAUUCCGUGAUGUAAAAUAUAUUCGGGAUAAGUAUGUUCAUGAAGACACUAUUUCCAAGAGACGUGUAAAGGGAUUCAAAAAUGCGGCAGAAAAAUUAGCAUAUGAAGCCCAAUGGUAUUGUUCAUUUGAGUCUAGCAGUGAAACAUCAAGAAGAUCAAAUCGUAGAGCUGUUCAACGUGAUGAGCUUGAAGAAUUAGCAAAAGAAGCUGCCAAGAUUGAUGUAUCGCAAAAGCCAAGAAGUGUAAUGAGUGAGGAAGAAAAGCAACGUCGUAGGGAGUCACGGGAGAAGGCUCGUAUCCAAAAGCAGCAACAGAAGGAAAAAGAGUGGGAACUUCAGAAACGACAAGCAGAAGAAAGAAAGAGAAAACGUCAAGAAGAAGGAUAUAUCCCUCCCAAGAAACAGAGAGUUUCAAAGAACCCCUGGAGUUUAUUUGCUGGUGCUUCCCAUUUCCAAAGUAUUGUAGGGGAUAAGAAACCGGUUGAGCCAGGACAAAGUCGAGAACGGAAACAGGCUGAGUUUUUCCAACCAAUUGAAGAGAAAAAGAUGAAGACCACUCUGAGACAAGCUGAGAAACAGAAGAUAAUGAAGCAAUUGCAGGAGGAAGCUAGGAAGAAGAAGGCAGAGGAGAUGAAGGAAAAAGAGAAGAAGGCGAAAGAGAAGCAAAGAGAGAAAGGUAAGCCUGGGAGAAAGAAGGGCAAGAUUGGUAAACCAGGAAUAAAGCCAGGUAGGAAACCAGGCAGGAAACCAGGAAAAAAGCCAAAGAAGCGGGAUUACAAUGAUGCUGAGGUGGAGGAACCUGAUGUAUUGGAUACUGAAGUUGACAUUAAUCAUGACGAUGCAGAUGGAGAAGCAGCAGAGGCCGAUGCAGAAGAAGAAUCAGAAGAUGAGCAAGAAACAUUUAGUCCAUUUGAUCCACCAGAUAUAAAUUCCGAUAGUAUGGUGAAAUUGAGUGGUCGUCAAUUCUAUGCAUCUUCACUCUAUGAUCCAGAUCAACCAACGAUUCCCCAAUUGAAUUUUGUUACUUUGGAGGAAGCAGAAGUAGAGCAAGAAGAUAUGUCACGUGCAAAACAGAUUAUGACUACCCAAGAUGAUAUUAUCCUCUAUGAUGAUUCAGUUGGUUAUGAAGUUGUGGAAAGUCAUGCCAAGAGAUAUAAAGAUAUGCCAAUUGCAUUCCCACCACUAUUAGAUGCUGAUGGUGAAUCAAUGAAUAAAUUGAACAAGAUAAAAGUGAGGUUUUUGUUAUAUCCCCAACAUACAGAACUGUUUCUCCUUGCUGAACCCAAAAGUAAUGAGCUUGAUCCAAUUUAUGAAAUUGUCAAAUUGUUUAUGAUCCAAUAUUCAUUAUAUUUCUCCCAUUCUGAAGUUUUGAAAUCUAUUAUUACUGAAGAUUAUUGUCAUCGAUUGGAACAUUCUGUUUCUGAGAAUGAUUUUGGUGAAUUCAUGUUUGUAAUUGAUUGUUGGAAUAUGUUGAUGGUUAAAUUAUCCCCCAAUGUGGCUGAAGCACAAAAGAUUAUUGAAUCAAAUGAAGAUAUUAAUGCUGCACCAAGAACAUAUUUGAGUUUGAAUGAAAUGAGAGUACCUACUAUUGAAGAUUUAAAGUUGGAGACAUUUUUCGAGGAGAUUACUCUUGAAUCAGUAAGUCCUUCUUUCCAAUUGAUUAAACAAGCACCAGAAGAUGAUAUUUCUACUACAAUCACAGAAAUUGUGCCAGCCAUUAGAAUCCCAGCUCCAAAUAAUGUUUCAGCGGAACUUCGGGAUUUAAAACCGGAAAACUACAACCAAGCAUUCUUCAAACGUCUUCAAGAAAAAGAAUCAGUAUCAAGAUUUGCCAUCCAACAAAUCCUUCUCCGAAUUUAUUCCCGAGUAGUCUCUACCGAUUGUCGAAAAUUAUUAUCCUACAAAGCAUUCACAGCCGAAGUAUAUGGAGAACUUCUUCCAUCUUUCACUAGUGAAGUAUUGGAAAAAGUCAAUUUAUUACCCCUGCAACGGUUUUAUGAUUUGGGUUCAGGAGUUGGAAAUACGACAUUUCAGGCAGCAUUAGAAUUUGGAGUAAGUUUAAGUGGUGGAUGUGAAUUGAUGGCCCAUGCUUCUAAAUUGACUGAAUUACAAACUGGAUUAAUCCAAAAGCAUUUAGACGUCUUGGGAUUAAAGAGAUUGAAUUUAACAUUUGCAUUGAGUCAAAGUUUUGUUAAUAAUGAUGCGGUGAGGGAUGUUUGUUUAGAUUGUGAUGUUCUUAUUAUUAAUAAUUAUUUAUUCGAUGGUGAAUUGAAUGCACAAGUUGGGAGAUUGUUAUAUGGUUUAAGACCAGGUACAAAAGUGAUUAGUUUAAGGAAUUUUAUUAGUCCAAGAUAUAAGGCUUCUUUUGAUACUGUGUUUGAUUAUUUCCUGGUUGAAAAACAUGAAAUGAGUGAUAUUAUGUCGGUUAGUUGGACAGCAAAUAAGGUUCCGUAUUAUAUUUCCACCGUUCAGGAGAGUAUAUUACCGGAUUAUUUAGGUAGAGAUGAUCUUGCUGCUCUUGGUGGUGGUGGUGGUGAGGGGACUCCAGUGAGUAAAGCUCCAAGUCCAGAUAUGCUGCAUAAUACUAGUGGAGAUGAGUCGUCCCUGUUGAAUGGGAAUAUGACUCCUCCAACAGAUGUUUCUGAACUGGAGUCAGCUACAAAGAAUUGA